AUGGACUCGCCGCUCGCCACCCAGCUUUUUCGCCAGCUGUUCUCGCAUCGAGCAUCGCAAUGCCUGGCACGUGGAGCUCGCCCUGCCCUCGCUGCUGCCCGCGCGCCACAGUUCCAAAGGCGAGGCAAGGCUUCCCGGCUCGGUGAGGGCGAGACAACGAGAGAGAGCAAAUGGACGCCGAGGAAGAACACAUUUCCACAUGAGAGGACAGAGGAAUUUGAAAGAUACCCCAUGGUCACGGCGGAUAUGCUGCGGAGCAGGCGAGAGAGACCGCGGAGAGUGAAGAUGCUGUUACGGGACUUUAUAGAAGACAGUCUCUAUAAUCCAAACUAUGGCUACUUCUCCAAGCAGGUCGUCAUCUUCUCCCCCGGUGACCCGUUCAAAUUCAACGAAAUGGAAUCCGAGCAUGACUUCUUCCAGCAACUGCGCCAUCGCUACACAGCCUUCGAAGAUGCGCUCGACUACCAAGAACCAAACGAUCUUCGCCAGCUGUGGCAUACGCCUACCGAGCUCUUCUCGCCUUACUAUGGUGAAGCCAUUGCCCGGUAUCUUGUCGAGGAUUACAAGUUCAAUUUCUAUCCAUACCACGACCUGAACAUAUAUGAAAUGGGCGCGGGCAACGGCACCAUGAUGCUGAACAUCCUAGACUACAUCCGGGAUGUAUACCCAGAAGUCUACGAGCGGACCAAGUUCAGAAUCAUUGAGAUAUCCAGUCAGCUCGCAGAUCUGCAGCAAAAGGGCCUUGGUCACUCUGCGUACGCACGUGGCCACUCUGACAAAGUGGAGAUUGUUAACCGGAGCAUCUUCGACUGGGACCAAUACGUCUCCUCGCCUUGCUAUUUCCUCGCGCUAGAAGUCUUUGACAACUUCGCCCACGACGCACUCAAAUACGACUUCGAGACCGGCGCACCCUACCAAUCCCACGUCGUCAUUGACCCUCGCGGCGAGCUCUUCGAAUACUACUCACGCACGCUAGACCCCGUCGCCACCCAGUUCCUCGAGCGGAGACAUGCAGCAUGUAAAAAUUACCCACAUCCGCUGCAAGGCUCGUCAAUGAUGCACAAUCUGAGAAGUCUGGUGCCAUGGCAUUCCAACUUGAGUCAACCAGAGUACAUACCCACGCGGUUGAUGCAGUUCUUCUACAUGCUGUACGAAAAAUUCCCCAAUCACAAGCUGAUUAGCAGUGAUUUCCACAAGUUGAGCGAUUCCGUCGAGGGCAUUAAUGCGCCUGUUGUGCAGACGAGGUAUCAGAGGCAGAUGAUACCCGUAUCUACACCAUUGGUAUGCAUCCAGUUUCUCUACCUGUUCUAUGCGCGGGAACAGUCGUGGCUAAUUUUUGUCGUCGUUCAGGUUCACCAGGGCUACUUUGAUAUCCUCUUUCCUACUGACUUUGAGGUCAUGGAGCCCAUGUAUACGGCUAUCACGGGUCGGUUUGCGCGCACCUAUCUGCAUGAGGAUUUCAUGGCAGGCAGAGCGGAUAUUGCGGAGACGAGUACCAAGAAUGGGGACAACCCAUUGUUGAGUUGGUACAAGAACGCAAGUGUCAUGAUCACCAUGUAG